GGCGCCGGCGCUUUCGUCACUGUCCACCGCCGUGUCCCUGGGCUGCUCCUGGCUCGAUUCGAGCCUGUGGCCUGAUGUCCUUUCCCCGGUGUGCCCUGUUGUGGGCUCGGCUCCCGGCGAGCCGCCGGGCAGGGCACCGGGCGACCGUCUGCUCUGUACUCCGUGCCCCCGUUGGGCCCUUUCCCGGGCCUCUGGGGCGCGCUCCUGCCCUUGCCUCCUCCUCUGCCUCUGGUGGCUCCAAAGCUCCAAACACGUCCUUGUUCGUGCCCCUAACUGUGAAACCGCAGGGCCCCAGCGCCGAUGGUGAUGUCGGCGCCGAGCUGACCCGGCCUCUGGACAAGAAUGAAGUAAAGAAGAUCUUAGACAACUUUUAUAAGAGGAAAGAAAUUCAAAAACUGGGCACUGAUUAUGGACUUGAUGCUCGUCUCUUUCACCAAGCUUUUAUCAGCUUUAGGAAUUAUAUUAUGCAAUCUCAUUCCCUGGAUGUGGACAUUCACAUUGUUUUGAAUGACAUUUGCUUCAGUGCAGCUCAUGUGGAUGAUUUAUUUCCAUUUUUCUUGAGACAUGCCAAACAAAUAUUUCCUGUGUUGGAGUGUAAGGAUGAUCUACGCAAAAUCAGUGACUUAAGAAUACCACCUAACUGGUACCCAGAAGCCAGAGCCAUACAAAGGAAGAUAAUAUUCCAUUCUGGCCCUACAAACAGUGGGAAGACUUACCAUGCAAUCCAGAAAUACUUGUCAGCAAAGUCUGGAGUGUAUUGUGGCCCUUUAAAAUUACUGGCACAUGAGAUCUUCGAAAAGACUAAUACUGCUGGUGUGCCAUGUGACUUGGUGACAGGUGAAGAGAGGGUAACAGUUGAACUAGAUGGAAGACAAGCUGCCCAUGUUGCUUGCACUGUUGAGAUGUGCAGUGUUACAACCCCUUAUGAAGUGGCCGUAAUAGAUGAAAUUCAAAUGAUUAGAGACCCAGCUAGAGGAUGGGCGUGGACCAGAGCACUUCUAGGACUCUGUGCUGAAGAAGUCCAUUUGUGUGGAGAAUCUGCUGCUAUUGACCUAGUCACUGAGCUUCUGUACACCACUGGGGAGGAGGUGGAGGUUAAAAACUAUAAGAGGCUUACCCCCAUUUCUGUGCUGGAUCAUGCACUAGAAUCUUUAGAUAACCUUCGGCCUGGGGACUGCAUUGUCUGUUUUAGCAAGAAUGAUAUUUAUUCUGUGAGUCGACAGAUUGAAAUUCGGGGAUUGGAAUCCGCUGUCAUUUAUGGCAGUCUCCCACCCGGGACCAAACUUGCUCAAGCAAAAAAAUUUAAUGAUCCCAAUGAUCCAUGCAAAAUCCUGGUUGCUACAGAUGCAAUUGGCAUGGGACUUAAUUUGAGCAUAAGGAGAAUUAUUUUUUACUCCCUUAUAAAGCCUACUAUCAAUGAAAAGGGGGAGAAAGAAAUAGAACCAAUCACCACCUCUCAAGCCCUGCAGAUUGCUGGCAGGGCUGGUCGAUUCAGCUCACAGUUUAAAGAAGGAGAGGUUACAACGAUGAAUUAUGAAGACCUCAGUUUAUUAAAAGAAAUUUUGAAUAGGCCUGUGGAUCCUAUAAGGGCAGCUGGUCUUCAUCCAACUGCUGAGCAGAUUGAAAUGUUUGCCUACCAUCUCCCUGAGACGACACUUUCUAAUCUCAUUGAUAUUUUUGUAGACUUUUCACAAGUUGAUGGGCAAUAUUUUGUCUGCAAUAUGGAUGAUUUUAAAUUUUCUGCAGAGUUGAUCCAGCAUAUUCCAUUAAGUCUGCGAGUGAGGUAUGUGUUUUGCACAGCCCCUAUCAACAAGAAGCAGCCUUUUGUCUGCUCCUCACUGUUACAGUUUGCCAGGCAGUACAGCAGGAAUGAGCCCCUGACCUUUGCAUGGUUACGCCGAUACAUCAAAUGGCCUUUACUACCACCUAAGAAUAUUAAAGACCUAAUGGAUCUUGAAGCUGUCCAUGAUGUCUUGGAUCUUUAUCUGUGGCUAAGCUACCGGUUUAUGGAUAUGUUUCCCGAUGCCAGUCUUGUUCGAAACCUCCAGAAAGAACUAGAUGCCAUUAUUCAAGAUGGUGUGCACAACAUCACCAAACUCAUUAAAAUUUCUGAGACACAUAAGCUAUUGAAUUUGGAGGGCUUGCCACCAGGGAAGCAGUCAUGUUUGUCAGGAACCUUAAAGAGCCAAGCAAGAAGGACACGCAGUACCAAAAGUGCAGGGAGUAAAGCUGCUGUGCCCCCUGACCCCCAUGUUGGGGAGAUAUCCCUUGCUUCCAGGUUGGUGCAGCAGGGACUCCUCACUCCAGACAUGCUGAAGCAGCUGGAGAAAGAAUGGUUGACACAACAAACCGAACACAGCAAAGAAAGAACGGAGUCUGGGGUUUACUCAAAAGGGACAAGAAGAAAGAAGAAGGAACCCAAUUCUGAUUAGGUGUUUUUGUUUUUUUAAUUUUGCAAAUAAAAAUCUAUUUUAAAUCCUU